AUGGCCUCUGCAAUUGAAAAAACCAUCCCUAUUACUUCCCAAGAGGCUCCCCAAUCAGGAACAAGCUCCACCCAGCCUCAGAUUACCCAUGCAAUUUCCUUCGCACCACCGCAGCAGCGGGAAGUUGCUAAACCAAAGAGAAAGAGAUCAGUCAAGAAUGCCACUGUAGUCUCUUCUGAUAGUGAACAUUUUGUUGAGCCCCAUCCUUCUCCAGAAGCUAUAAAGCCCAUUCCCAAGAGAAGGAGGGCUUCUCCCAAAAAACCAUCUGCACAAUCAUCUACACCAGCUUCUCCAAUUGCAAAAAAACCACAAGAAGAGGGGUCUAACCCUCAAGAAGAGGCUCCCAAGCCCAAAAGAAGAAGGGCUCCCACAAAGAAAUCCACACCCUCAGCAUCAGCUAAAUCAGGACAAACCGCUGAGGUAGAGCCCAUGCCUCCUACUAGUGAAAACCCCUCAGAGGCCCAACAGAAGCAAACAGAAGAAGCCCCAUCCUCAUUUGUCCCAGCCAAGACUCUUGAGGAGAUUGCCAAGGAAUUGGCAGAGAAAUUGGAAGCUAAAGAGUAG